AUGUCGGCUAGAAAGAAAAGUACCGUAUAUAAAAAGGACUUUUUCAAGAAAGACAUUUGUUGUGCUUCAGAAAAAGAAAAUCAAGUGUUAAUUGAAGAAGAAAAGUUACCUGACACAUAUUUAGAAGAUUCCAGGCCCGUAGAAGAUUCUGAAACAAGCUUACAAGAGUCAGAACAAACAAGCAGUGACGAUGAUGAUUUGAAUGCAGAAGCAAUAAAGGAAGACAGACUGAUUGCUCAGCUAUACCGAAGAGUUGUUGAUGAUAUUAUGACUUUGUACAACGUCAAAGAAAGCAGAGUUGAUAGUGCCAUCAAAAAACUACGAAAAGAUAUCCACCAGGGACACAAAAAGCAAUUCAAACAUUUUGCAGGAAUUCUCUUUACAAAACCCUCGCACUGCUGUGCUUAUUUGCGUCGCUAUGCCAUUUGUCAUACUGGAAUGGUAAAAUCGGGGAUGUGUAUGUUCUUCAGUUCUCCGCAGUUUUUUGAAUUUUAUUUCAAAAUGGCGGAACUGGAAUGCGUCAAUAUUGUCAGUCUCGGCGGAGGACCUGGAAGCUGCUUAAUUGGACUCUGCAGCGCUUUGUGUGAGAAACAAUGUAGUUUCAGUAAAAUUGACAUAAAAAUUGUUGAUUCUGGGAGUGUUUGGUCGGACAUCUUCCCUCGCAUUAUCAGAGAGGCAAAGUCAUUUCAAGCCGGUUCCAUAACAAAAUUUUUAGAGACAACCUACCUAACAACUGGUUUCCUUCAAUUGGAUCUUACCAGAGAUGAUAUAUUUGACCAUGAGACGCUGUCUGUGACAUUAGAAAGUGCACACAUAAUUUUGAUGGUAAAAAUGAUCUCCUUUCUUUCUGAAGAACAUGCCGGUGAUCUCCUGGAACAUGUAUCUGAAGCAAUGCAGCCAGGAGCACUUCUUAUGUUUGUUGACUGUCCACAUCCUGAAGGUAUAUUCGCUGAAAUUCCUCAUCUCAACCAAAUAUAUCGCAAGCAUUUGUCUUACGAAAUGGAAUACAGGCCGAGGAGAUAUCAUACUCCAUCAAUCUACGAAGCUCAAGCUAAUUUCGCCUUUUACGUGAAAGUUAAUCCAUAA